AUCCGCCCACCUCAGCCUCCCAAAGUGCUGGGAUUACAGGUGUCAGCCACCACGCCCGGCCACAAAUUGUUAGUUAUUAUAACUCUCUUUGUAAGUUAAUCAAAAUAUUAACUUACAAAGCAGUCCAUGAGUUUGCUCUAAAGUUAUUAAUGCAUUGCAUACCUUAAAGAUUGUUGUCGAUGUUGUUUUAUGAAAGCUAUUCAGUAAAGAGUUUAUCUGGCUAAAAUAGACCCAAUAGAAAAAUUAAAAAGUAAAUAAGAGUUUAACUAGUAUAUCAGGUGCCAGGAACUUCCCUAGCCCUUAGGUGCAUAACUAGCAUUAUAUAGUGUUUGUGGGAAUCAUGGGUGAGCAUUAAGUACGAUCAGCAAAAAAACUAUGGAUUGAUGGUAAAAUUUAAGAGGAAAAUAAGAGAAAGGAACCAAACUCAGGAAAAGCAAUAUACCUGAAGAGUGAUAAAGUAUCACAUAGUGCCUCACAGACCACUUCCUACAUGUUGAAUAGGAACCUCUUUCUAGUCUUUCUUCAUAAUUCAUUUCACAGCAUGCCAUUUAUUAAGAUUUUUUAAAUGCAACUCAUGAUGAAUAUAAAUUGUGAAAAGUUCAGACUUUGUAACUUUAAAUGUCUACCAGAGCAAGUCAUAGUGAUGGUAAAAUAUAAGUAUUCAACAUCAAACUUUUUCUGUAUUACCAUUCUCCUUUAUAUUCAUUGACAACUUCUGAAUUAGAAAAGUCAGUCUCUGAUGUCUUGUAUCUUCUGCAGUUCAGCCAUUAUUAACAGAAACUCAAAACAUUUGAGGUUCUCAGCUAAAUUUUGAAGCCUGUUAAAUUUGAAGUUGACCUGAAACUUUUGCUCAAAGUGAAUUACCCCUAUUUUAGUUAGGGUUUUUGCCUAUUGCAACUGAUUUUCCUUUAUCCACAGCUAUUCUACGUAAUGUUAUGCAGUGUUUGGUUGAAUCCUUAACACUUUUCUUCCACCUUCCCUGCCUGUAGUUUGUACUUUUUACAGUUUGGGGUUCCUGUGUGGAUUUGAUUUGCCACAUUCCGGGACCUCAUUGCAAGUGAUUCUGUUCCCCAGUUUGAUGAUGUUCAAAGAAGCAGGUAAGUGAGAGCUGGGGCCAGAUAUAAGCAGCAAGUCAGAACUUUUUUAUUUAAAAUUUUUAAAAAAAUUUUUUGAGGGUAAGAAAGAUCUUGCAGUCUUUUAGGACCACUGCCCUAACAACUUCAGAUAGGAUAGCUGUAAGUAGAAAGAAGCUAGGAAUGUGGAAUUGAAUUUCCUGGAUCAGCUGCAAUUACAAGGAGGAUAAGAGAAUUGUUGAGCUGAUUCUUUUCUAUUUUCUUUUCCUAGAAAUAGUAUGUAUUUUUAGUCAUUAACUAAUAUUUUGGUUUUGUUUAAUAUCCCAGAAGCAUUUAUUCCUCUCUUAAACAGAUAAAGUGCUCCUGAUGACACUCUCAGAGAGUUAUCUUACCCUUCUUUCAGGGAAAGUGAAUUUUACAAGUUAAUUCUGCAUGUUUCCCCUACAACUGAUUUCAUUCUGUACCGUUAAAUGGCCAUUUAUUUUCUCCCUUCUACUUAAUCCAAGAUUGGACAUUGUUGAGUUUUGUUUGAACAAUGUUUGUUAUGCUAAAAAAGGACACCGGGCCUGGGGGAACUCAUCCUGUGUCUAGAUCAACAAACAGAACUCCAGAGGGUCCUCUGGUUCCUCCCACUUGGUUGGAAAAGUGCUUACCCUUUCCAAUCAAAUAUUGACUUCUGCACUAAUCCAAAGGGGUUUUUUUCUGAAGCUGUAAACAGAACAGAAAUACUGCCUUGAGUGAGAGAAGUCUAGGAAGCAGUAGGUUUCCUUUUUUGUCAGCCUGCCUGGCCUUUACUUGGCUAACACUUGGGAGUGUUGACAGUCCUGAGCCCUCUUGGCAGAGAACAAAGGUUAGAAAGAAGCCCUCAGGCAGGGGAACAGAUCCCUCUUUGCCUCAUUGGGGAGAAUUCAGCCUUGUCUGUCUGAUUGGCAGGGCACACUUAAUCACUGAGACUCAGCAUUUCAGCAGUUUGCAAAGGAAAGUGAUAUGAACGACAGCUGCAAGUAAGCCACAACCUAGAUCUGAAGAGAUCAAGCACUCAUUUCUCUUGGAGGAAAGAGAGAAGGAAGGAAGCCGAGGACUUAGCAGGGUAUCACUGGACAGGCAAUGGCUCCACGGUCCCGGCGACGAAGGCACAAGAAACCUCCCUCAUCAGUGGCUCCCAUCAUCAUGGCCCCAACCACAAUUGUGACCCCUGUGCCUCUGACCCCCUCAAAACCUGGCCCUAGCAUUGACACACUUGGCUUCUUCUCCUUGGAUGAUAAUGUUCCUGGCCUAUCGCAGCUGAUCCUUCAAAAGCUGAACAUGAAAAGCUAUGAAGAAUAUAAGUUGGUGGUAGAUGGGGGUACCCCUCUAUCAGGCUUUGGAUUUCGAUGUCCUCAAGAAAUGUUCCAGAGGAUGGAAGACACAUUUCGAUUCUGUGCUCACUGUAGAGCACUCCCUAGUGGGCUUUCAGACUCCAAGGUUCUCCGGCACUGUAAGAGGUGCAGAAAUGUCUAUUACUGUGGUCCAGAGUGCCAGAGGUCAGACUGGCCUGCACACAAGAGGGUUUGUCAAGAGCUUCGUCUUGUGGCUGUGGACCGUCUCAUGGAAUGGCUUCUGGUCACAGGUGAUUUUGUCCUACCCUCAGGACCUUGGCCAUGGCCACCUGAAGCUGUACAGGACUGGGACUCCUGGUUUUCUAUGAAGGGGUUACACCUAGAUGCUACAUUGGAUGCUGUGCUAGUUAGUCAUGCCGUGACCACCUUAUGGGCCAGUGUAGGACGGCCAAGGCCAGACCCGGAUGUCCUGCAGGGAUCUUUGAAGCGGCUGCUGACAGAUGUCCUGUCACGGCCCUUGACUAUAGGUCUAGGACUUCGGGCCUUGGGGAUAGAUGUUAGGAGGAUUGGGGGAAGCACAGUGCAUGUGAUUGGUGCUUCCCAUGUGGAGACAUUUCUUACUCGCCCAGGGGACUAUGAUGAGCUUGGUUACAUGUUUCCUGGGCACCUUGGACUCCGUGUGGUCAUGGUGGGUGUAGACGUAGCUACUGGCUUUUCACAGAGCACCUCAACUUCACCCCUGGAACCUGGCACAAUUCAGCUUAGUGCCCACAGGGGCCUCUACCAUGACUUCUGGGAGGAGCAAGUAGAGACCGGGCAGACACACCAUCCAGAUUUGGUGGCGGCAUUCCAUCCAGGUUUCCAUUCCUCUCCAGACUUGAUGGAGGCUUGGCUGCCCACCCUGCUGCUACUUCGUGACUAUAAGAUUCCUACAUUGAUUACUGUUUACAGCCAUCAGGAGUUGGUAUCCUCUUUGCAGAUUCUGGUGGAACUGGAUACACACAUCACUGCCUUUGGGGCUAAUCCUUUCAUGUCCCUCAAACCUGAACAGGUCUAUUCCAACCCCAACAAGCAGCCAGUAUACUGCAGUGCAUACUAUAUCAUGUUUCUUGGAAGCUCCUGUCAGCUGGAUAAUAGGCAAUUAGAAGAGAAAGUGGAUGGUGGGAUUUAAAUAGAUCAUGACUGGACAUCUGGAAAAUUGGGAGGUUGUGAUGAAAUUACCCUGCUAAUGCCAGGUUCUUGCAAACUUUGAAAAACACUGUAUUCUAAACCUCAUUCACUGUUUGGGUAAAAAUUCUAAGCUGAAUGAGAGUUUCUGUAUAACAUAACUGGUUUCUUUCUUUUUUUGAGAUGGAGUCUUGCUCUGUUGCCCAGGCUGGAGUUCAGUGGCGCGAUCUCGGCUCACUGCAGCCUCUGCCUCCUGGGUUCAAGUGGUUUUCCUGCCUCAGCCUCCCUAGUAGCUGGGAUUACAGGUGCACACCACCACACCCGGCUAAUUUUUGUAUUUUUAGUAGAGACAGGAUUUCGCCAUGCUGGCCAGGCUUGUAUCAAACGCUUGACCUCAAGUGAUCUGCCUGCCUCGACCUCCCAAAGUUCUGGGAUUACAGCCAUGAGCCACCAUGCCCAGCCAAUAUAAUUGUUUCUAAGAGUUUAGCCACAGUAGCCUCUAGAGAUAGGAAAUUAGAUUUAGUGGGUGGGAAGAGGCCCUGAUGUUGGUCUUUCCAGAGCUUAUAGUUCCUAACACUUUCCUUUGUAAGGAAGUUUACCUUUUGACUGGAACCAGAUGGCACUGAGGAGAAGAAUGAGAACCACCUUAUUCUUCUGAAAAAGACUUUCUUCUCAUCCAGUAAUUUGGGCUAAAAAAAUGGAAAUGAUGACUUGAAGUGGUGCAAGAAUGGACAAGUCAGGGAAGUCACUGGGAACAUGGAUGAGGUUGUAAACAUUGGUACAGUGUCCUGUUUCCUGGCUUUUUUGAGACAAAUGUCUAAUUUUCCUGUUUUCUCUUGGGGACAUUUGACCCUAGAGUAGCCCUGGUGUUAUAUUUUAGAUAUCCCAAGCUAUAUCAGACUUUACCUGAAUAUACUGGAGUUACUUAUUAUCCCCCAUUCUAUACCCCAAUAAACUCAGUUUGGGGCUUCUUAA